CCUGAGGAGUCUACGCCCGAGUCUACGCCCGAGUCUACCCUAGAGCCUACGCCAGACUCUACGCUAGAGCCGACGCCAGAGCCGACGCCAGAGCCCACGCCAGAGCCCACGCCAGAGCCUGAGGAGUCUACGCCCGAGUCUACCCCAGAACCCACGCCAGAGCCCACGCCGGAGCCUGAGGAGUCUACGCCCGAGUCUACGCCCGAGUCUACCCUAGAGCCUACGCCAGACUCUACGCUAGACCCUACGCCAGACCCUACGCCAGACCCUACGCCAGACCCUACGCCAGACCCUACUCCAGAUUCUGACCUAGAUAUCCUUACUAUAGCGCCUGGAUCUGGAGAUAGUUAUCUAGAGUAUAUUAGUCCGACACCACAACCGACGCCAGAACCGACGCCAGAACCAACACCAGAACCGACGCCAGAAUCAACACCAGAACCAACACCAGAACCGACGCCAGAAUCAACACCAGAACCAACACCAGAACCUACUUCAGGGCCUGAUCAACAUUCCGCUUCCCGACCUGAAAACAACGACGAUACUACAACUUCCUCGGCUAGCCCAGCUAGCCCAAAUUGCAACGGGCUAUGCGACCUCACGUCAGUCUCCUGGGAAGAUCGAUUAUACUGGCGAAAGUGGCACGGAUGCUGGGUUUCGAACAAUAACUGGCCAUGGGAGGAAGUUGAGUUCUAUUCUGCAGACACUUCUGACUGCGAUGCAAUCAAACAAUGCGCCGCGUUCACAACAGAACUUGGGAAACAGUCGUUCCAAGUUUUCUUUGUGCCCAAGCUCAAUCGAUGGCAUUGCGAUUGUAGCUCCUACGAAGCCAAUCAGCCUGCGGAAAAUUAUGUGUACAACGGCGAUCUUGCACGUUACUACAUGUACGACGGGGCGUACAUGAAUAAAAUAUGA